GCGGCCAGUCUAGGUAGCCGCGGGUGCAGCGGGGGGUUUGCGCACGCGCGCUUGCUGCGCUACCAGGCCGCCGCCUGCCUCCGCGCCUUUGCGUACAGCUCUGGGCUCCCGCUGCUCGAGUGGCGGGCCUGACUCUGUUUAAUAAAACAUGAGGUCCCUUUCGAGGCAGUCGUUUGGAGGACAGCUGUUUUUAUGAAAGUAUUUCCAUUUGCUGCUACCAUUUUGAGGUCAUUCGACUGGAGUUUUUACUGCUCCGAAAUCAGUCUUUUCACCGAAUUUCCGUUUUGUGAUCAAAGUUUACGUGAGAUGGAAAAUUUUCGAGGAAUAGCCGAAGAGUCAAUUCCAAGCUUUUUAACCAACUCAUUACUUGGUAAUAGUGAGAUUUUGGAAAAUGUCACUCUUUCUUCAAAUCUUGGCUUGCCUGUUGCCGUUUCAACACUUGCUAGGAAUAGAUCCGGCACUGACAACAGGUAUCCUGAUACAGAGGCUUCUUAUUUAGUAGAAGGGAGGUUUUCUGUUCCAUCUGAGUCCUCUCCCAGUAGCCAGAGUGAAGCUGAACCAAGAGAGAAGUUACACCUUAGCUUUCAGGAUGAUGAUUCUAUCUCUAAGAAAAAAAAUCCUAUAGAGGGUAAACAUUUGUCAGAUGCUGCUCUUGGAGAGUCUUCUUUGCAAAGUGAUAUAACAAGAACAGGAGAGGAGCAAGCUACAACUGCAAAACCCUUGCAGAGCCAAGAUCCUUAUGAUAGGAUUUCACCACUGGAACAAAUGCAAGAUUCACCUGUUGAUGUUUGUUUACAAUCAUGGUUGAAGAAUAAGGACAACAAGAUUGUUGUUCCUCAUGCUGGAAGACCUUUUGAAGACAAGAAUCCACACAGUGACUUAAGCCACACUAGUUUAUUAGAAAAUGAGAAACUUCCAUCACUGAGAAGCUUGGAGGAUUCUUCUGUAGAUGAUGAUAUUGAUGAUGAAGAGUUUUAUGAUGAACAUUUAGAGGCUUAUUUUGAGCAACUAGCUAUUCCAGGAAUGCUGUAUGAAGACCUAGGACAGGAACCUCCAGAAAAUGAUUUUAAAUUACCUACAAGUGAUUCAUGUCAGGCAAAUGAAAAUGGUAGUUUAAACUAUAAGUCUCAAGCAGAAAAUAACAGCUCUCCAAUUUCUGAUGGCUCACACUCUUCGGGAAGUUCUGAAACAACCCACAAAGAGUCUGAAGUAGGCCAUGUUGUUUGUCUGCCUGGGAUCAGUAAUUUUAUAGAUACUGGAGAUAGUAGAAGGCACGUAGGUGGUGUAUUAUCACUUUCUUCUAGUACUCGGGGAAUUGAACAAGAGAACAAAAGGGAAGACAGUUUGAAGGGCAUUGUCCCACAUCAUGGCAGAGAAAUCUCAAGGGAAGAAGUUCCUGUGAAGACUAUCCAAGCUGCUAAUGCAAAACUUAACCCUGUUUAUUUUCAUGACACAAAUGCCAAUAAAGGUGAAUUUGACUUAGUGGACCUUUUGAAGCUGGAUGCCGUCUCUCUUCAUGAAGAUAAGCAUUUGGCAUCUAAUUCAGAAAUAAUUUUGCCUAUGGAUAAACGUUUAGACACUGAAACUCCUAAAGUGUCUAUUCAAAAAUAUGUGGACAAAGCAUCUUUGAAGCCUGUUAGUGACAAUGGAAUUAUUUCCCCUAAUAGUCUACGAUCACCAACUAUUGAAAGGCGAAUAUAUGAAUGUUACAAGUCCAUUGAAAAGAGUAAAGAACAAACAGAUCUAUCACCGAGUGUGGUCUAUCAAAAUGAAGAAGGCAGAUGGGUCACUGACCUUGCGUAUUACACAUCUUUUAAUAAAGAGCAAGUUUUAAAUAUGUCUCUAGCUGACGAGAUGAAUGAAGACUUCAGAUCUGGUUCUGAGGCACUGGAUUUGAUUGAUCAAGAUGAAGAAGAAUUUAAUAAAGAGCAUCAAUUUAUGCAGGAAGAAAAUAUAGAUGCCCGGAACACUUCAGCUGCACUAGGUGAUACGUCUUGGGGAACUUCAAUUAAUUACAGUUUGUUGAGGAAAUCACUUAGCACAUCAGAUUUGGACAAAGAUGAUGCCAGUUAUUUACGCCUAUCAUUAGGAGAGUUCUUCGCUCAAAGAUCUGAAGCUCUUGGCUCCCUUGGUGGUGGUUACAAUGUGAAAAGACCAUCGUUUGGUUAUUUUAUUAGAUCACCAGAGAAGAGAGAACCUGUUGCUCUAAUAAGAAAAUCUGAUGUAUCCAGAAGUAAUUUGGAAAAAGAAAUGACUCUUGUUAACCAUGAUAUAUUUUCAGGAGACUUAAAAACACAGCCAAACGAAGGAUCAGUUACACUUCAGGCUGAAGAACUGGAGAGCAUUUCACAAGUGGAUGAAAGUGAUAAGACAUUAACUGUCAAUAACAGCAAAACAGAGGACAAUUUCUUCAUGAGUAGUAAACCCCAAAGAGAUAAAAGCAAGAUACCUACUGGUGGUGAUUCUGUACUUAGGAUAAGCACCAUUGCUUCAGCCAUUGCAGAUGCAUCAGUGAGUACUGAUCCUUCCCAACUUGCUGCCAUGAUCAAGGCACUUUCAAAUAAAACCAGAGAGAAGACUUUUAAGAAGGAUAAUAAACAAAAGGACUAUUCCACUGUGUCUCAUUUCUUACCUAGUGAUACAGAAAAAAGUAGUGGCUCCAGCAUGUUUGAUAUGGAGAAAUACCUUAAAAAAACAGAAGUUAGUAGAUAUGAAGGUGGACUGGAAAACUUUUCAAGAGCUAGUACGUCUGAUAUUUGGGAUUUAUCUUUGCCCAAAGAACAGACUACACAAGACAUCCAUACAGUGGACUUAGGUGCUACUAAUAAAAAUAUAAGGGAACCAGAAGAAAAUACAGUAUUUACUUUUUAUGGUGAAAAUGGAAAGAGUGAGAAUCAAGAAUCGUUUAGAACAAACUUUCCACAUUCAAUUCUUACAAAUAGAAAAGAGAGUGAAAAUACUGUAGUUGAUGUGAAGACCUGUCCUAUUGACAACAAAUUACCAGACAUUGGUAACUGUGAAACAGCUCCAUCAGUAUCCACUCCCAAAUCUGAUAGUUAUUCAUUAGUAAGGAAUCCCAGGAUAGCAUCUGUUUGGCUGUCAGAAGAGUGUGAAGAAAUACCAAAUAAUGGAGAAAAUCAGAGGCAAAAUGAAUGUGCUAGUGAAGCAAGCAACAGUGAAAAACAUGUGACUUUUGGAAAACAUUGCAUAGUUGCACCUAAAAAUGUUGAUUUGCAAAAUCACUCUCCUGAACAUGGUGGACAUGGCUCAGAGGAUGACCAGGAUAGCUUCAGACCUUCCUCUUCUCCACUGAAUCAUUCUUCUCCUAGUGAAACCUCUGGAACAAGUUUAUCAGGGUGUGCUUUAGAGUCUUUUGGUUCAGCAGCUCCUCAGAAGCCCCCCUGUGAGAGUGAGUCAUCUGCAUUGGUGUGUCCACAAGCCAGUGUGAGUAGGCUGACUUACGUGUCUGAACAAGAGAGCACCUGUCCCACUACAGCCUCAGAUCAUGGCCUUGAGGAUCGCAAGAGUGAUGUCACCAGUGAAUUGAGCAGCACAAUUAUUCAAGCCAGUCCAGUUCCAUCAGAGGAACGGGCUAUGGAAAAGCAGAGAGAAAAAGGUCUGUUUCAAAGUAGAAGUAAAGUAGCACUGUCCUAUAAUCAGAAAAACGCAGAUACAGACAAUGUGACUGAAACGACUUCUCUGAGUAGCAGACCUGAAGAUGUAAAGCCUUACUUCAGGUUGGAUAAAGAUCUUUCCUCCAAAAGUGGAGACCUAUCAGAAACUGGUGCAGUAGGGUUGACCUCUAAACCCAGUGAAUUGGACCAGAUCAGCCUGGGUCUACUGAGCAAGUCAGGUCUCACCCACCCAGUUGUGUCAGCGAUGCCACACCUCCCUGUGUCACACCAGACGUUUGUGAACAAAGAUGAAAGAGUAGCCUCUGAAGAUAUGUUAACUGCUGGCAGUGCAGUAAGUGGCCAGAUUCCUCAUUGGAUGGCCCCUGGAAACCAGGGCGCCCCUGUUCCCAGCACUAUGCCUUGUAGCUCUGCUCCUGAGAUGCAGAACAUGCUCACUGCAGUUCCUACACUCUUGACUCAGCAUUCUUUUACCACAGCUCCCUUGGCCCAGCAGUAUUUGGGAACACUGCCUCAGUGCCAGGCUGGCAGUGCCACCGUCUCUGGAUUCUCAGGAAGCUGUCCAUAUCCUGCUGUCGCAGGAGAACAUGUUCAGAACUCUGUGGCCAUGGGAAUUUGUCUAGGACAAAAUAUCGGCUCUGGAUUGAUGGGUGCCUCUUCCCUUUACAACCCAUAUUCUAAUGCCUUAAAUCAGAAUCUUCUAAGUACAGCAAAACCUUUUCCUAUGCAGCCUGUUGGUACAAAUUGUGGAAUUGAACCAUGGGAUUCAGGAAUACUGUCAGGAUUUGGGAAGGUAAGAGUACCUGAAGAACUGAAGUUUCCUCAUGCUUGCUGUGUUGGCAUUGCUUCACAGACCUACCUUAGUGUACUUAAUCCAGCUGACCGCUGGCUACAGGUCAGCAUUGGGGUUCUCACCAUUAGUAUCAAUGGUGAAAAGGUGGAUCUUUCAGCAUAUCCUUGUUUAGUCUUCAAGAAUAAAGUCAUCAUAAGACCUCAUGCCACGGAAGAGAUAAAAGUACUUUUCAUACCAUCUGAUUCUGGGAUUUUCAGAUGUAUAUUCAGUGUUGCUUCUUGGCCAUUUUCAGCAGAUGCUGAGACCAUAGCACAAGCAGAAGCUUUGGCAAGCCGAGUCAUUCUCACGGCUGUUGCAGAGACCCCUGUGAUCGAGGUAGAUACAGAAAAGAAAGAUGUUCUUGAUUUUGGUGACUUGACUUACGGAAGCUGGAAAGCUCUGCCAUUAAAAUUGAUAAACAAGACUCAUGCCACUGUGCCAAUCAGACUUGUUAUUAAUGCUAAUGCCGUAGCCUGGCGCUGCUUCACAUUUUCCAAGGCACCCAUCCGUGCCUCUUGGAAAGAGACUCCAUAUGCCGAUGUGAUUGCUCAGCUUGCAGCUCCUUCUGUGGUCAACCAUGUGAUGCCUGCUAGUUAUGAUGGACAGGAUCCAGAGUUUCUGAUAAUUUGGGUUCUUUUCCAUAGUCCAAAGAAACGGAUCACUUCUUCAGGUAAGAUCUUGGACUCAGCAGAAGAGUUCUUGGCAAGAGUGGAUAUAGAAGUUGAUAGCCCAAACCCUACACCAGUCAUUAAAAGUGUUCGUCUCCAAGCAAGAACAGGAAUAGCUAGGAUACAUGCUCCAAAAGACUUACAGACUAUGCACUUGUUUGCCAGUGUGGCUUCCUCAACAAAGCAGCACUUACCUUUGAAAAAUGCAGGGAAUAUUGAUGUUUACUUGGAUAUCAGGAUUCCAGAUCAAGGAAGUCACUUUUCAGUGGAUCCAGAGAAUCUAUUCCUUAAACCUGGAGAAGAACGAGAAGUUACAGUUACAUUUACUCCAGAGGACCCCAAGACCUGUGAGGAAAGGAUCUUGAAAAUAUUCGUGCAGCCCUUUGGACCUCAAUAUGAAGUGGUGUUAAAAGGUGAAGUCGUUUCUUCAGGAAAUAAACCUCUGACACCUGGCUCUUGCUGCUCAGAUGUUCCAUCGAUUUUGUCCAACAAGCAGUUUCUGGCCUGGGGAGGUGUUCCUCUUGGUAGAACACAGCUUCAGAAGCUGGCUUUAAGAAAUAAUUGUACAGCUACAACUCAGCAUCUGCGACUCCUCAUUAGAGGACAAGACCAGGACUGCUUUCAGGUUUGUACACUUCAACACACUUUUGGUUCUGAAGAACGACUAACCAGUAACUGUGAGAUUAGAAUGUGUCCAAAAGAAGAUGUUCACAUCUCUGUGUUAUUUGCACCUACUCGAUUAUCUUGUAUGUUGGCUAAACUAGAAAUUAAACAACUGGGAAUUCGAUCCCAACCAGGCAUUAAGUUUACGAUACCUUUGUCUGGAUAUGGAGGAACAAGUAAUCUUAUUUUGGAAGAUGUUAAGAAGUUAUCUGACAGUUACAUGGUAACAGUGAAUGACUUAAUACCUGGCAAAGAAAGUAGAAUUGUUUUUUCUGUUCAUAACACCGGCUCUCGGGCAGCUUUUGUAAAAGCAAUAGGUUUUAAGGAUUCUCAGAAAAAAGUUUUGCUGGAUCCUAAAGUACUAAGGAUUUUUCCAGAUAAAUUUGUGCUCAAAGAAAAAACACGAGAAGAUGUUACUAUAAUAUAUAAUCCGUUAGACACAAAGAACAAUUACACAACCACAACAGAACUGUCAACUAUAUACUUCUUUGGUGGUGAUGAAAUUUCGAGGCAGCAGUAUCGAAGAGCCCUUUUGCAUAAACCAGGGAUUAUAGAACAAGUGCUUCCAGAACAUAGUGUGCUGCAGAACGUUGAUUUUGCUGAGACAUUUCAGGAUGAGUUACUAGUAACUGAAGUGUAUGAUCUUCCCCAACGACCAAAUGAUAUUCAGCUCUUCUAUGGAAAUAUGCGCAAAAUUAUACUUUCAGUAAUUGGAGAAUUCAGAGAUUCUGUGUCUAGCAGUGAAUUCCUUCAGCCUUCUUCCAAACUUAGCUUAGAAUCUAAAAGUGAAUCUGACAGUUCUGGGAAACAUGGUGGCAAUGUUUCUUUGGAUGUUUUACCAGUUAAAGGUCCUCAAGGUUCUCCACUUCUUUCACAAGCCGCUUGCCCACCUCAAGAUAAAUCAUCCUCCAGGGAAAUGUGGACUGUCCAACCUGAACACUUGAUUUUGAUGGCCCCUUCUCCUUGUGGUCUGGCAAAAACUGCACGUUUCCAGAUUUUAAAUAAUUCCAUUAGGUUACUAAAAUUUGAGUUAUACUGGCCGGCACAUUGCCUUACAGUAACACCACAACAUGGAUUUAUCCCACCAGAGAGUAAGCUACAAAUUCUCGUGAGUCCUAAUUCCUCUUUAUCCACAAAACAUUCAAUGUUUCCAUGGAGUGGUUUCAUCUAUAUACAUUGUGACAAUGGACAGAAGAAAGUUGUGAAAGUUCAAAUUCGAGAAGACUUGACCCAGAAAGAACUUACUCAUUUGGCCUCCAGCUCAUUUGGAAUCCUUUCCCCAGAAACUGAUCCUUCUGUUAGUCAUCUGGUGAAGCCGAUGACAAAACCACCUUCCACAAAAGUUGAAAUAAGAAAUAAGACUGUUACUUUUCCUGCAACAGAACCUGGUGAAACUUCAGAAAAUUGUCUGGAACUUGAGAAUCAUGGUAAUGCAGAAGUGAAGUGGCAUCUGUCAUCUUUAGCUCCACCUUAUGUCAAGGGAGUUGAUGACAGUGGAGAUGUUUUUAGAGCUACCUAUGCAGCAUUCAGAUGUUCUCCUAUUUCUGGUAUACUGGAAAGCCGAGGAAUUCAGAAGGUCUCCAUCACGUUUUUGCCCAGAGAUAGAGGGGAUUAUGCUCAGUUUUGGGAUGUUGAGUGUAACCCCCUUAAGGAGCCUCAUAGGAAACAUACCUUGAGAUUUCAACUCUCUGGGCAAAGUGUCAAAGCAGAAAAUGAGCCUGAAGGUUCACAAAUUUCCACAAACUCCCUCAUUAAACUGGAUAAUUUAGUUAAGCCCCGAAGACAAGGUGUAUCAGAGACUGCUCUCAUACCCAGCAGGCAGCUUGACCUGACUCACCGUGGGGUUUAUGCCUCAGAAGAUGUGUAUCGGUUUCUGCCAACUAGGGUAGGGGAAUCCAGGACGUUGAAGGUCAAUUUGCGAAAUAAUUCUUUCAUUAUGCACUCUCUGAAAUUUUUAAGUCCCAGAGAGCCUUUCUACGUCAAACAUUCAAAAUACUCUCUGAGGCACCUUCCCCAUGGCACUCAUGAGGCCUGACGGAGCUGUUCUCCUGCUGAAACGUGAAAGCUGCCCAAGGCCUUUGGGACAUAAACUGACUGCAACAUAGUCAGGAGAGCUUCCCCCAGAGGCCACAGGACUUUUGCCUAGUUCAGAGGUGGGGAACAUGAAUGUAUGUGGGAGAUGUAGCCCCCUUAAAGCGAUAGAUUGUAAAGAAUGUAAUAGGGAAAGAUAAACCCUGAUUAUCACUUUUUUGGUAACGUUUGUUUUGAGGACUUGAAGUGAUCAUUUCUGUCAUAGCUGUGUAAAAAGAAUUCAUUCAUGUUCCACUUAACCCUGAAGAGCAUUCUUCUGUUAACCUAUUGUUUUAUUCAAGUCUAAUCUGCUUAGACAGUAGAGUAACUCAUUUCUCCCCUCCUGUGCCCACGUCUGCCUGUACCCAGCAUCCUGGCAGGCUCCUGCUGCAGAGCUACCCAACUCUGUUAUGUCAUUCCAGAGGAUAGGAAGGUUCUCACACUAAGUCACACUGGGGACAGCACUGUCAUUACUUCUUACCAACACACAGGAACCAAGGAGUUUUACCUCAUUUUCUUUGAUAAUGAUAGUACCUUGGCUAUGCUAAAGGGCUACUUUUUUCCUGCACAGAGUAUUCCUUUUCAAUUAAAAAGAGAAAGAAAAAUUAUGGUUUAUAUAAUUUGUAGCUUCUGUAGAUGGGGACAUGUAGUUAAGGAGGUGGUUUAGAGUGCUUCACUCUCUUAUGCCUCUUUGGUCUUUUUGUGCCUUUGCUGUAAUGUUGGUCCUCAGCUAGUUAAGGGAUUUUGAACUAGACGUCUCCUCUGGGCCCUACCUUUUUCCGUGUGUGUGUGUGGUGUGUGUCUGUAGAAGACAGAGGUCAAAGCAGUUUUUAAUAAUAGUACAAGGUUAAAUAUAUCCAUCUUGUAGUGUUUUAGAGCUGCGUUCAAUUUCACAGUCCUUUCUAAAUUACAUUCUAGUUUAUUCAGAGUACCUAUAAAUCUAAAGCAAACAAUACAUUUUUAUCAUAAUACAUUCUUAAAACAUUCUCAGUUGAAUAUAGAACAUUUCUGUUCCAUAUUAAAAUUUGUUAAUGAUGGAUUUCUCAGAUUUAUUUCAGGAUAUUUUAUUACUUUCAGUAACUUAUAAGGUAUAAAGCCUCUUAAGUUAGCAAACUGUACUACAUUAUUCUGGGUGCUGAAAUGCUAACGUGAGGGACGCCCGGGUGGCUCAGAGGUUGAGCGCCUGCCUUCAGCCCAGGGCGUGAUCCUGGAAUCCCAGGAUCAAGUCCCACAUCGGGCUCCCUGCGUGGAGCCUACUUCUCCCUCUGCCUGUGUCUCUGCCUCCCUCUCUCUCUCUCUCUCUCUCUCUCUGUCUCAUGAAUAAAUAAAUAAAAUCUUAAAAAAAAAAGAAAAAAGAAAUGCUAAUGUGAAAGAUAAAAUGAUAGUUUGUCAGUGCCAAGGACUAGGUACCAUUUUUCUUAAAGUCACAUUGCUUUGAUAUAGGAAAUUAGAGUACAAUGCAUUUGGGGAAAAUAACCCAGAUGUGUGGUGUGUGUGUGUGUGUGUGUGUGUGUGUGUGUACACGUACAUAUACAUAUAUUUUUAAAAUUCUGCCCUGCCAGUUAUAUCCAGGAAAGGGGCUCUGAAAUACUAAAACUGUUCUCCAAAAUACUAAAAUACCCAAAAGCCAACACUGUACUGAGUUUUAUCAGGAAACAUAAUUCCAAGAUAUAGUGGAAACAAAAGCAUAUAACCGUUCUGAUUGCUGAACUUUAAAACAUGUAGUUCAGAGAUGAGACUCAAGGAUGAAGUACCUUCCCUCUGAGGAAAGUCUAAAAGCUAUAAAUUUUCACUUAAAACAAUUAAGACUAAACGUCAGUGACAUCACAUAGGUUGUGAUAAAGUAUAUGUGGUUUCAGUCACCAUAGGAAUAAAGGGUUUUAAAAAAAAAGGAAUAAAGGGUUUUUUGUUGUUGUUGUUUUUGAAGCUCUUGGGAUCUAGUUUUAUGAACAGAAACCUCCCAACAUGAUAUUUUUUAAAAAAUGAUUUUUUAGAGAAAGAGAAUGAACACAUGCAAGCAGGGGGAGGGGCACAGGGAGAGGGAGAGAAUCUCAAGCAGUAUCCCUGCUGAGUGUCGGGCCUGACAGGGGCUUGAUCUCAUGACCCUAAGAUCAUGACCAGAGCUGAAACCAAGGGGUAGAUGCUCAGCCCAACUGAGCCACCCAGGCACCCCCAACAUAAUAGUUUUAGAGACAGGGCACUCAUUUCCUGCCUCUGUAUCCAGUUGACCCUUGAACAAUGCAACAGUUAGGGCUGCCGACCUCCAUGCAGUAGAAAAUCUGUGUAUAACUUUUAACUCCCCCCAAAUUUAACUUUUAAUGGUCUGUGGACCAGAAGCCUGACCAAUAAUAGCAUUUUUGUGUAUGUCUUAUAUACUAUAUUCUUACAAUAAAGUAAGUUAGAGAAAAGAAAAUGUGAUCAAAAUCAUGAGAAAAUA